AUGUCUCCCCUCUACUGUAUCAUGACCUCCCUCUACUGGAUCAUGACUUCCCUGUACUGGACCAUGAUGGCCGCCAUCGACAUCCUCUUCGUCCUCACUGUUCUGGUGUACGGCGAGCUCCUCUACGCACUUUAUGCCUCGAACGAGGACCAAGAGUUUCGCACCGUCUCCGCGUGCAUCGUCGCCUUCGUCUCUCUUUGCCACAUUGUACUCUACCUCAUCGCCGGUUUCCCGUGCUUGCUGCCAUCACUGGCAAUGCGCAUGUAUGGCGCGCUAUGCACCCUCCUUCCCGACGCCGACGCCUCAGCAGAGCUACGUCGCGCACUUCACAAGAUCGACGAGCUGGAGGCCAAGAACCAGGAAUUGCAGGACAAGAGCCAGGUAUUGCAAGCCAAGAACCAGCAGUUGGAGGUCGAGAACCUGGAGCUGGAGAUCGACAACGAAGAGCAGGAGGCGGAGCUGGAGGACGCACGUGACAUCGUGAACGACUACCCCCUCCUCGCCCUCGCCGCCCGCUGCUACGAACACCGCGUCCACUUCCUCCAGAGCGACAUUUAUCUCCUCCAGAACGAAAUCCGCCUCCUCGAGCACGAGAACAGGCAGGUCAAGCUCGCCAGGCGUGAGUCCGAGGACGAAUUGAGGCGCGCGAACAGCCAGAGCGAGGACCUGCUCCGCGCCCGGAUUCGGACCCUCGAGAGUUACACGAAGGUGCUCGAGCACGAUCUGCGGCAGGCAAAGCGCAUAGUUGACAUGAGCAGGAGUGUGCGCGUCGCUGAGCGGGACGCACACAUCGCCGAGCGGGCUACGCUCCGCGUGCAGGCCGAGGAGGCGCUGAUGCAGCUCCAGGCGAACGAGCGACAGAUGGCGAAGCAUGACGAGGAUGUCAACGCCGUCGUCGCUGAGCGCAACGCGCUGAAGUUCGAGCUUCUCCAGCGCGACCAUACGAUUUCUAGCCUCGAGCUCGAGGUCGCGAACCACGCGGCUCAUGAGCAGAACCUUCGCCAGCGCAAUAGCGACCUCCGUGAGCGCAACCGCGACCUUCGUCUGCGCAACGGUGAGCUGCAGCGUCAGCAGGAGACCGAUGCGGUCACGCUGCUUUGCGCGAACAUGGUUUUGAUAAAGAGGCAUGAGCCGCCAUUGUCCUUACCGUUCGGCAGCACGAUCACGACCACGCAGCUUGCUGUUGCUGCGUAAUUGACCAUUGUUCCUUUUCUCCUUCUUCCUAACCCCCUUCAUAGCCUCACGCAACCUUCGACGCAUGUCGUGUCGCC